AGGAAGUACGAGACGCCGGACCCAAAUAACAACACAGGCUUCCUAACGCACACCUGUGUGACACCUUCGCGUUAACACAGAUGAAUUGAUGAUAUUGUAGUGCAGAUAUAUUAACUAAAUACGACUUGCUAUUCUCUGGUGCAACUUUAUUAAAGUAGCCUAAAAUUGUGUUAUAAUAGUAUAUUGAGAAGGUGUUGUUAAUAAUAAUAAUAAUGAUGAUCAGGAGAGUUUGUAAGGUCGUUUUGAGUGUCGAGCAGUCUGAAGGUGUCGGGGCUCGUGUUCGGAGGAGUAUUGGUCGAAGAGAGCUGAAAAACCUUGAUCCUUUCUUGAUGCUUGAUGAAUUCGGGAUCUCCAAACCAGCAGGUUUUCCUGAUCACCCACAUCGCGGAUUUGAGACGGUGACAUAUUUGUUGAGUGGAGUAACAGCCCAUGAAGAUUCCUGUGGCCACAGUGGGAAAUUGGAAUCUGGGGACUUACAGUGGAUGACUGCAGGCCGCGGGGUGAUUCACGCUGAGAUGCCCGUGUCAGAUGGACUCAUUCAUGGUCUACAGCUGUGGGUGAACCUAAAGAGCGCAGAUAAGAUGGUGGAGCCUCAGUACCAGGAGCUGAAGAGCAAAGAGAUUCCCAAACCAAGUAAAGAUGGAAUCACCGUGGCGGUCAUUUCAGGGGAAGCACUUGGAGUGAAGUCAAAGAUUUACACAAGAACUCCAACGAUGUAUCUUGACUUCAAACUGAAGGAAGGCGCAAAGCACACACAGCCCGUGCCCAAAGGAUGGACCGCUUUCAUCUACACCCUCGCGGGUUCUUUAUGCACUGGCCCAGAUGAUGAUGUACAGACAAUAGAGCCACACCACACAGUGGUUUUUCACGAUGGUGAAUACGUCAGAGUGGAAAACAAGGCAGCUGAUGAGUCUCACUUUGUUUUAAUUGCUGGUGAGCCUAUUAAAGAACCCGUGGUUCAGUAUGGACCGUUUGUCAUGAACACACAGGAAGAGAUUGAUCAGACCAUCAAAGACUACAAAUCCGGCACAAAUGGAUUUGAGAAGGCAAAAAUUUGGAAAUCAAAGAUUGGUCAAAAGUUUUAAGUUGUUUUUAAAGAUGCUUUAAAGGGCACUUUAUAUUUAAGUUUAUUAUACCUUCUUAAAGUCAUAUAUACAGUCAGCCUAAGAGUACCUGGUCAACUCAUUUACACUUAUUGUAUGAAUAUUAUUGCAGUAGAAUGAAACAUCAAAUAACGUUACAUUUAUUUUAAAGAGCAAUAGCACAAGCACACUCAUACAAAGAAGAGAUUUUUUUUAGAUUUCUAAUGAUGAACAACAGUGCAAUAUGUUUAUAAGUAAUGUAAACUAGAAACUAGUGUCUUAGCCUGGGUCACAUUUUAUCUAAUGGUUUACUUUGAAUCAAUGUAUUCCUUUUUGUGUUCAUUUCUUAUUAUGUUGUUAUUAUAGCUAAUUAUCCGUUUAAUUAUUAAAGUGGUUUGGUUAUUUGUUAA